CCGCGCCCCUGCUAGGCUGCGGCGGUAUGGCCCGCGCGCCCGGCGCGACCUCUGCGGAUUGCAUCGGUGUGCGGCGGCGGGGCAUGCCCAGGGCACCGGGCACGGCCUUCAAUGGGCGAGGACACGGACACGCGGAAAAUUAACCACAGCUUCCUGCGGGACCACAGCUAUGUGACUGAAGCCGAUAUCAUCUCCACCGUCGAGUUCAACCACACUGGGGAGCUGCUGGCCACAGGCGACAAGGGCGGCCGGGUUGUCAUCUUCCAGAGGGAACCGGAGAGUAAAAAUGCUCCCCACAGCCAGGGUGAGUAUGACGUCUACAGCACUUUCCAGAGCCAUGAGCCAGAGUUCGACUAUCUCAAGAGCUUGGAGAUAGAGGAGAAGAUCAACAAGAUCAAGUGGCUCCCGCAGCAGAACGCUGCGCACUCGCUGCUGUCCACCAACGAUAAAACUAUCAAAUUAUGGAAGAUUACCGAACGAGAUAAGAGGCCUGAGGGCUACAACCUGAAAGACGAAGAAGGGAAGCUUAAGGACCUGUCCACAGUGACGUCGCUGCAGGUGCCUGUGCUGAAGCCCAUGGACCUGAUGGUGGAGGUGAGCCCACGCAGGAUCUUCGCCAAUGGCCACACCUACCACAUCAACUCCAUCUCUGUCAACAGCGACUGUGAGACGUACAUGUCUGCGGACGACCUCCGCAUCAACCUCUGGCACCUGGCCAUCACCGACAGGAGCUUCAACAUCGUGGACAUCAAGCCGGCCAACAUGGAGGACCUCACGGAGGUGAUCACGGCCUCGGAGUUCCACCCCCACCACUGCAACCUCUUCGUCUACAGCAGCAGCAAGGGCUCCCUGCGGCUCUGCGACAUGCGGGCGGCGGCCCUGUGUGACAAGCAUUCCAAGCUCUUUGAGGAACCCGAGGACCCCAGCAACCGCUCCUUCUUCUCGGAAAUCAUCUCCUCGGUGUCAGACGUGAAGUUCAGCCACAGCGGCCGCUACAUGCUCACACGGGAUUACCUCACGGUCAAGGUCUGGGACCUGAACAUGGAGGCGAGGCCCAUAGAGACCUACCAGGUCCAUGAUUACCUUCGGAGCAAGCUCUGUUCCCUGUACGAGAAUGACUGCAUCUUCGACAAGUUUGAAUGUGCCUGGAACGGCAGUGACAGUGUCAUCAUGACGGGGGCUUACAAUAACUUCUUCCGCAUGUUUGACCGCAACACCAAGAGGGACGUGACCCUGGAGGCCUCGAGGGAGAGCAGCAAGCCCAGGGCCGUGCUCAAGCCGCGGCGCGUGUGCAUGGGUGGCAAGCGGCGGCGGGACGACAUCAGCGUGGACAGCCUGGACUUCACCAAGAAGAUCCUGCACACGGCCUGGCACCCAGCCGAGAACAUCAUCGCCAUCGCGGCCACCAACAACCUCUACAUCUUCCAGGACAAGGUCAACUCCGACAUGCACUAGCACACAAUGCCCUGGCUGUCCCAGCCCGACUCUUGCAGAUUGUCCCCGACCUUCAGCAGCAGUGCAGGAGGGAGGUCAACUCCAGAGGUGGCCAUGGGGGACACGGGUGACUUGGGCCUGUUCCCCCCAGUUUCCCUAGACUAGCGUCGUGAUGAUGACCAUUUAAGAGAAGAAAGGACUCAGGGCCACAGGUGGUAAAAAUGGGCGUGACUGCCGAGUCUCAGUUCAGGGUCCCUUCAUUCAGGAACCUUCCUGCCUCGGCCUACGGUCUUUCCACAUUUUUAGAACUUUUCAUGUGUCUGGGUUAAUUUUUCAUGCCCGCAGGUCCUUCCAGGAGGAGCAGGAGCUGGUCCCUGAUCUGGCUCUGGGGACGUCGGGCUCUUUGGACUGUGAAUGGAGCAGCUUGCCCGUCUCAGACGGUCCCACCUGGGUCUCAGGUGGCGAAUUCCUGCUGAGACUUUGCAGAUGCAGGCUCUGUGCUCUGGUCUCUGAAUGGUCGUGAGCCCAGGCCAGCUGGUCCGUUUCCUGAGAUGAAGCGUGGGCCUGGCACCCUCUCCUCAUCAUCUGCCUCUGCCCAGCAGAGCGGCUGUUGCUUCUGGGAGUGGCACAAGCCGGAGGUGCACCUGGCCUGAGCUGCGGCACCUCCACCUCUUCCCUCCACACUCAUGGACGUUUUGCCUGAACAGACGCUGGCUGCAGCCUGUGGACUGUAUUAUUCCUCUCUCGACCUCGAGGUGGGUGUCUGUUCAUUUCCUCCAUAAGCAGAACUGCUCCCGAGUGCCCUGCUGCAAGGGGCUGUGGGUAGGGAUAAAGGUGAGCGGUACUGUCCUCUUUUGUACAUGGGGACACCGAGGCUCUGAGCAGACAGGCCAGUUGCCCAAGGCAGGCACCCACUAAGUGGUAGGGUCAGGGAUCCCUCUGGGUCUUCUCACAGGCUCUUUAUGGGCCACCAUUCUGAUGGAAGGUUCUGGAAGGGGACACCUCUCCAUCUUAUGAAGAGGAGAGUAGGCAUCUGUGUGACAGGGAAGAUGGAGAAGCUGGUGGCUGCUCUCUCUGGGUGGCGAGGUUGUGAGCUGUUCCUCCACGGACUCUGGGCUCCACCUGGGACGUACCUGCUCCUCCUCCCAAAGACAGGACCAUGCAUGUCGUGACCAUUAGGAUAUUUUCUUUGAGGAUCACACACAGUCCCAGAGGACACUCAGAGGAUGUCAACCCUGCUCUGCCAAGACCAGAGCCCUGACCUGCAGUGUCCUCCCGUGGAAUUCGGCAGGACCACGUGGCUGGGCAUCUCCGUUGAGAAAGCAGGGAGCAGCGGGAGCCGGCCGAACCCAGCUGCAUCCCUUACGACUUGGACUACAACCCAGGAAACAGACUCCGCUGGGGUCUCAGUGCAUUACGGAAAACUUGUGUGUGUGUGAAAGCACAAAACGCAUGUCCUCUCACUUCCAGCCAUGUUAUUCACACACAGAAAUGGGUCCACUGGUCUUUCUUUUACUUUUUUUUUUUUUAACAAUGUGAAUGAAGAACGUUUGUUUAUAUGUCACUACAAAAUCCAGGCAGCCUGGACAGUAUUAUAUGUACAUAUUUAUCCUAAUUCAGUUUAACAAUCGAAGGAUCAGGUGACCUUCCUGCCCUGUGAAGGGGUUCGAGAAUGUGGUGAGUGUAUAGUGAUCUGUGGACGCCGAAGCCCAGCACUCAGCUGGGGGACCUUGGCCUCCUUCCUUGAAGCCUGCCUUUGAAGCUAGCAGUCACUGUCCAGCCACAGGGUCAACAUUGACCUGAUCUUCAUCUUCAAAGGGGGUUCUUAAGUGCAGUUCCUCCGUCCUCACUUCUUCGGUUUUAAACUUUGGGAACCAAACCAAAAAGAAGAGAAAGACAGAAAAAGAUCGUCUUGGAAGAAAAGUCUGUCUUUGUGUCCCGGGAAGAUGCCCCUGCCUGAAGCAGACUGUGGCUCACAGAGCGUGUGCAAGAGGCGGCGGGGGGGGGGGCGGGCGCAGGAAGGGGCACCCUCCUGUUUAAACUCCCUGGUCUCCUUGAAUGUCUGGGCGUCACACGGUCACUGUGGCCUUGUCGGGCGUUUUGAUCUUCUCCUCAUCUGACUGCUCUCUGGGGAGGAGGCCCUGGCGUGGCGUGGGUAGUGGCGUGGGUGGUGCUGGUGGCGUGGGCCUGGUCAUUUUGGACUCUGUGAUGCAUAGGUGCAUUCUUUUUUUCUUCCAUGUCUCACAAAUUAUCCAACUGUUGAAUAAAAUUAUAAAUAUGUUAAUACCAGCUUUUUCCAAUAAAAUAACAAAUGUUACAUCUAACACGAGGCCCAGAAUGCCGUGUGUGCUUAGGCGGCAGUGGUGGGGUUACUCCCGGGCCUCUCCGGGGCCUGGUGCCCAGCAAGGCUUUGCCGCCCCAGGGCCUCCUGCCGCCCCAGGGCCUCCUGCUGCCCCCGAGCUCUGAUCCUGGAGCCAGCGCUGAGGAGCUGGAGCUGGCGGAGUGCCUGCCUUGUGGGUCUGGCAUGCGGAUGGCCAGCAGGAGGACUUGGACAGUGUGGCACGUCGCACUCAAUGAAUGAUAGUGUCUUGUUCUGUUUCGAAGCAGGUGUGCAUAGCCCAUGUAUUUCCAAACUCUCCUGUGCUCUCCACAGGACUGUCAUACCGACGAAGAAACUGAGGUUCAGAAAGGCCGAGGACUUGCUGCAGAUCACAGCUAGUCACAAAAGGGCACAUCCCACUUGGGCUGCUGGCCAGCUCCUCCUGCAGUGCUCCCUAGCAGCAGUAUACGCAUGGGCUUCUGGGUCCCCCAGCAUGGCCAGCUGGUUGGAGAGAGGCCACAGGGGCCUUCACUCAGGAAGCCAGAGGCCCAGCCUCAUCUGUUUUGAUUGCUGGUAGACAGGAGCACAUGUGGGGACGUGCUGUGCAUCUGUCACCCCAGCCUAGGCCUCAUCUGCACUUUCUAGAAGGAGUCAUAUCCCCAGACCUAGCAGGACAAGGACAGGAGCCCCCUGUGGGUUUGCUGGCAGCAUCUACCUUGGAUAAGCUCCCCAUUGACUACUUAGCCCCCAGGACAGCACGAGGGAGAAGGUCACUUCCUGGCUGGGUGGCAGUGGCUGACCUCUCUGAUCCAUACAUGUAAACAGAGGGCACAACACCUUCUCAGCAGCUGGACGACUAAGGAGACGUUAGUUCCCUCACUGGCCCUGGUUCCACGGGGCUGGGUGUGACUCAGCCCAUACAUGAGAGCAUUAUCCCUUGUGCAGACCCCUGUGCAGAGCGUGGUGACAGUACUAUGGUUAUGCCCAUUUCACAUAUGGAGAGACUGAGGCCUAGGGGGAUUAAAUAGUUUAGUUUAUGCCUAAGCUCAUAGAACUGUAAGUGGUGGGAUCGGGGUUAAACCAGGAUGGCGAAACCAUGGGCACACGGUGGAAGCUGGGCAUGAUGACAUGUCGUGUCCUCAGCCCCACCAAAGCCACCCUUAGCCAACAGUGAGGGAGCGUCCGCUCUGGCACCCUGCGGAAGCACCGAGGUGGAGAUGGAGAUCAUGCUGGGUUACCCAGGUGAGCCGUCUUCUCACCCUUGACACUGGAGACUCACGCUGGUGGGUGG